AUGGCCGCCUCGGCGCUCCUGAAGAGCCGAUGCAGGCGAGCUAGCUAUCUCAACAAACUGGCCAAGGCAGAGGAUCUGAUUGACCUCUUUCCCCAUGGCUCGUAUAUUGGCUGGUCCGGCUUCACGGGCGUCGGAUAUCCCAAAAAGGUACCCACAGCACUGGCCGACCACGUAGAGAAGAACGGCCUGCAAGGAUCUCUCAAGUUCAAUCUAUUUGUCGGCGCUUCAAGCGGAGCAGAGACGGAGAACCGAUGGGCGAGACUCAACAUGAUCGAACGGCGGUCGCCGCAUCAGGUGGGCAAGGAAAUCGCAAAGGGCAUCAACAACGGCAACAUCAAAUUCUUCGACAAGCAUCUCAGCAUGUUCCCCGUGGAUCUCAUGUACGGGUACUACACCAAGAACAAGGCGAACAACAGACUGGACGUGGCCAUUGUCGAGGCCAGCGCCAUCACCGAGGAUGGAGGCAUCAUCCCGGGUGCGAGCGUCGGUGCCAGUCCUGAGAUCAUCCAGAUGGCAGACAAGAUCAUCAUCGAAGUCAACACCGCUGCGCCCAGCUUCGAGGGCCUGCACGACAUCACCAUGACUGAUUUGCCGCCGCGGAGAAAGCCGUACCUCAUCAUGUCGCCAGAAGACCGCAUCGGCACACCACAUAUUCCAGUCGACCCGGAACGCGUCGUCGCCAUCGUCGAGUCCGACUACCCAGAUCAAACGACCGAGAACGCUCCAGAGGACGAGUCAUCCCGCGCAAUCGCCCGCAAUCUGAUCGAGUUCUUGGAACAUGAAGUCAAGCAAGAUCGACUGCCGAAGAACCUGCUGCCCCUACAGUCUGGGAUAGGCAACAUUGCCAACGCAGUGAUUGGGGGUUUGGCUAAAGGCGGCGCCAACUUCAAGAACCUGAAGGUGUGGACCGAGGUGCUGCAGGACUCGUUUCUCGACCUCUUCGACAGCGGGAACCUCGACUUCGCGACCGCGACGUCUAUCCGCUUUUCGCCGGGUGGCUUCCAACGCUUCUAUGACGGGUGGGAGAACUACCACGCCAAGCUCCUCCUCCGGUCCCAACAGGUCUCCAACUCGCCUGAGAUCAUCCGCCGCUUGGGCGUGAUCGGCAUGAACACGCCCGUCGAGGUCGACAUCUACGCCCACGCCAACAGCACCUGCGUGAUGGGCUCUCGCAUGCUCAACGGUCUCGGCGGCUCGGCCGAUUUCCUCCGCUCGGCCAAAUACUCCAUCAUGCACACGCCGAGCACGAGGCCAUCCAAGACGGAUCCCACGGGCGUGAGCUGCAUUGUGCCCAUGUGUACGCACGUCGACCAGACGGAACAUGACUUGGAUGUUGUGGUGACGGAAAUCGGUCUAGCGGACGUUCGGGGCUUGUCGCCGCGGGAGCGAGCUCGAGAGAUCAUCAAGCACUGCGCGCAUCCAGACUAUCGGCCCAUCUUGCAGGAUUACUUCGACAAGGCCGAGUUCGAGUGUUUGAGAAAGGGAAUGGGGCAUGAGCCGCACUUGCUUUUCAAUACCUUUGAUAUGCAUAAGAAUCUGGUGGAAAAUGGGACCAUGAAGAUCAAAGAGUGGAAAUAG